CUCGAUGGCGUCGCACCACCAUGACAUCAUGAAGGAAGUCCAAUGAGCGGCUGUGACAGGGGUAAAGCCUUCGUGUGUACAGUAAUUCACAACAUCAUCUGAACUGACUGAGGUGUAGCCAUGUCAUUAAAAUUCCUAACAUCUGCAAGCAGACUACGAGCAUUCUGUAGAUUGCAGAGAAUACAAGGACACAUGAUGUCCAGUAAAGCUGGAUCAGAAGUUCUGUUCGAGAAAGUGGGGAACGCUGGUGUCAUCACAUUAAACAGACCCAAAGCUCUCAAUGCCCUCAAUCUCACAAUGAUCAGACACAUCUUCCCUCAACUCAAGAAAUGGGACAAAGAUUCAGAAACAGAUAUAGUGAUCAUUAAAGGAGCAGGAGGGAAGGCUUUCUGUGCAGGUGGAGAUAUCAGAGCUGUCACAGAAGCUGGAAAAGCUGGCGAUUCUCUAGCUCAAGACUUCUUCCGUGAGGAGUACAUUCUGAACAAUGCUAUUGGUACAUAUCAGAAGCCAUAUGUGGCUCUAAUCGACGGAAUAACAAUGGGAGGGGGCGUGGGUCUCUCGGUACACGGCCGGUUUCGUGUGGCUACUGAGAAGACACUGUUUGCCAUGCCGGAGACGGGCAUCGGCCUGUUCCCUGAUGUCGGAGGGGGUUACUUUCUCCCUAGACUCCAAGGCAAGCUGGGCCUCUUUCUCGCCUUGACCGGGUUCCGCCUCAAGGGACGAGAUGUGCAGAGAGUCGGGGUGGCUACUCAUUUCGUGGAGUCGGAGAAGAUUGCGUCUCUUGAGAAGGAUCUCGUUGACCUGAAGUCUCCAUGUGUGAGUGAUGUGGCUCAGCUACUAGAUUCUUAUCAGGAACAGAGCGCUCUGGAUGCUGAGAAACCGUUUACCCUUCAACAGCACACAGAAGCCAUCGAUAGACUCUUUUCAGCUGCCAGUGUGGAGCAGAUCCUGGAGAACCUUCAGAAAGAUGGAUCUGCAUUUGCACAGAAACAGAUCGAGAUUCUGGCCAAAAUGUCUCCCACAUCACUGAAGUUAAGUUUCAGACAGAUUCAGGAAGGAGCAAACAUGAGUUUACAGGAGGUUUUGGUGAUGGAGUAUAGACUCAGUCAAGGCUGCAUGAGAGGACACGAUUUUUAUGAGGGAGUUCGAGCUGUGCUGAUCGAUAAAGACCAGAGUCCAAAGUGGAAACCUUCCACUCUCUCUGAGGUCACAGAACAGGCUAUAGAGGAUUGCUUCAGUUCCCUGUGUGAAAGAGAUCUCAAACUUUAAAAGAAACUCCUCAAAUACACCCUCUAGUUACUUCAGAAGUUAAAUCAAAGUCUCAUCUGCUUUCUUACAUACUGUAUGUAUGGAUGUUCUUUAAAAAAUUGUGUGACUUGUACUUGUGGUAAACAUAUAAGUUAUUUUGUAUCAUGUAUCUUGUUUGUUCGGUUGCAGGUUUGUCGAUUUAUAGUUUUAACUUACCAACAAAGAUUCUUACUAAAAAAAUGAAUAAGUCGGAAUAAAAAGACACCGUUUGGAAAGAU